GCUAGAUCUGGGUGGCAUCGGUCCUUCGGUCUGCCAUCAGCUCUACCUGGGGUGAAGUCGUGUCUGUUCACCUCUCCUCAGGAAGUCACAUGACAGAGAGAUUCUGGGACUGGGGAGGAGUCAGUCCUAGGCUUUUUAUAAUGACCUGCUAAAUGGGGGGGGGUGUCUCAUGAAGACUACAUCAAUCCCUUUGAAAGUCAGUCAGUGUCCCUGGGAACCCUCUCUUGAGACCUCCAGCACAUCAACAGCCACAGCAAGUGACCCUCUGGGGGACAAAGCCCAGCAGCUUCCAAGCCAGGGCUGGGGUGUCUUAGACUCCAGCAUGAGUGGUGGGGAGCCACAGCCUCCAUCCCUCUGCCUCUGUGACAUCACAAUGAGACUUCUGCUCUCCUCUCCUGGGCUGUGGCUUCAGUUGCUAUGGACAAAUCAUAUUCUGGGAGUAGCUUAUUCUUGUCCUGGUCUCUCGCUGAACUCUGGAGCUUGCUGUUUGGUUGAACUGCCUGGCCAGUAAGACCCAGGAUCCUCUUGUGGCUGCUAACACACCCUGCUUGUCCCUGGGACCUGAGGAUCCAACUGAGCUCUUCAUGCCGGCACAGCGCGCACUUGGCCAGUCCAACCGUCUCUUUCUAGGCGCUCGCCAUGCCUUUCCCAAAAGAGGACAUGGCACGUGUGAAGGAGCCACAGCAGAUGCCCGUGGUCCCGCGGCCGUGGUUCCUCCCGAGUCUGUUCGCCGCCUUCAAUGUGAUGCUGCUCAUCUUUCUGAGUGGCCUUUUCUUCGGGUUCCCUUGUAGGUGGCUGGCCCAGAACGGAGAGUGGGUCUUUCCCAUGGUCACAGGCCCGCUCUUCAUCCUCACCUUCUUCAGUCUCGUUUCCCUCAACUUCUCAGACCCUGGCAUCUUACACCGAGGCUCGGUCGAUGAGGACCCCAUGAUGGUGUACGUGGUGAGCGUGAAUCAAAGGGCCUUUCGCCUGCAAUGGUGCCCCAAGUGCUGCUUCCAUCGCCCACCCCGGACCUACCACUGCCCCUGGUGCAACAUAUGCGUGGAGGACUUUGAUCACCACUGCAAAUGGGUCAAUAAUUGCAUCGGUCACCGCAACUUCCGCCUCUUUAUGGUGCUGGUCCUGUCCCUCUGCCUCUACUCGGGCGCCCUGCUCAUCACCUGCCUGAUAUUCCUGAUCCGUACAAGCCAUCUGCCCUUCUCGGUGGACAAGAUUAUGGCCGUCCUGGUGGCUGCACCCGCGGCGGGCUUCCUGAUUCCGCUCGUCCUGCUGCUGCUGAUCCAGGCCCUAUCUGUGAGCACCGCGGAGCGCUCCUGCGAGAGCAAGUGCAGGAACCAUCAAGAACAUAACCCUUUCGACCAGGGCUUUGCCAGGAACUGGUAUCUGACAAUGUGUGCGCCACUGAGUCCUAAGUACAUGUCUGAAGUCGUCUGUCUGCAAAGACCCGUGGGGACGGACUGGAUCUAUGAGAAGACACAGCCCUCACCACUGUGUCCUCCUGAACACUGUUCCCCAGGCCCCCCUGGCCCCUCUGAUCCCGCUGAUCCCCUGGGCGCCCCUGAUCCCCCUGGACCCCAAACUCCUCCGAACACAGCAGGGAAGGGACCUCGAGGAAGUGGUAAAGCCGUCAUAGUUCUCAAGGAGAUUGAUGCCAGCCCACGGCUGUCCUUGCUGUCGGAGACGCCUAGGCGGGACUGGCCCCGACGCACACUGAGCCUGGACCACCUGAACCUGUACCUCCCCGCCUGAAUCCUCGUGGUCCACUUGGGCCAAGCCCCUUUCGUUUCAAUGGUGGGAGUAUUGACAUCUGCCAAUCCUCAUUAAAUGUUAAUUGUUGGUUUCUGA